GUGCUUCGACACAUUCUGAGUCCGAAUCAAACAGUUAACUUUUGAGUUGCAAAGUGUGGUGUUCAAAAUGUUUCUACCCAUCAUUUUAUCCGGCCUUGUCGUACUGUUAACAUGGUACGUAAUGGGAAAACGCAAUGAAAACUACUGGAAGUCACGUGGUGUGAAGUUCUACGGCAAGAACAAAGUGACAGGACCGUUUUGGGACUACUUCACAACUCAAGGCGCAUUGUUCGAAACAUUUAAUAAUCUGUAUAAUGAGUUCAGAAAAGAGCCAGCGGUAGGCCUUGGACAAAUUUUAACACCUUCAUUGUUCGUCAUAGACGCCAAGAACGUCCAGCAUGUCUUAGCACAUGACUUCCAGUCUUUCUAUCACAGAGGAUUCGACCCCGCGGAGGAUGACCAAUUGGCCGAUAGUAUAACGAUGAUGAAUGGACCCCGAUGGAAGUUGAUGAGAAAAAGUAUGACCCCAUUGUUCACGGCAAACAAAUUAAAGAACAUGUAUUACACUAUGGAUAAAAGUGCUCAAGAUUUUGUGGAUUAUUUGAAAGCCAAUCCUAACAAGUGGAACGGCGAUUUUUACAACUCUGCCAUGUUGUAUUGUAACGCGGCUAUAUGCAGUGCAAUUUUCGGGAUUGGAACAAAAUCAACAUUUGAUUCACCCUUCCUUGAAGUAGCCAGAAACAUAUCAUUUUCAGGUUUUAAGAACAACAUGAAAUUCGCUCUCCUAAGUCUUGCGCCAAGUUUGAUGAAAACUUUGGGAGUUAAACUUUUCAAAGAUUAUGAAGACUUUUUCAUUGGUGCUAUAGGCGAAGUUAUAAAGAAUAAGGAAAAAGGAAUUACAUCAAGGAACGAUUUCGCUGAUUUAUGUAUCAGUCUUCAAAAAAAUGGUACCUUAAAAGAUCCAACGACUGGAUAUGAAAUGGAGCCUACGACUGGUCUACUAGCGGCACAGGCAUUCUUCUUCUUCUCAGCGGGUGUAGAACCAACCGCAGCUGCUAUCUUCUCAACAUUUUACUGUAUGGCUCGACAUCCUGAUGUAUUAGAAAAAGUUCACCAAGAAAUUGACGAACAUUUUGAAAAACACAAUGGACAAAUAACUUACAAUGUCAUUAGUGAAAUGGAGUAUGUAGAUAAGGUGAUAAAUGAGGCGAUGAGGAUAUUCCCCCCUAUUGGGGUUUUAACUAGAAAGUGUGUUCAAGACACUGUUCUACCCGUCGGCAAUAUCAAAGUCGAAAAAGGGUCCAAAUUAUUCACACCUAUUUAUGCAAUGCAUCAUGAUCCCACACUUUAUCCGGAUCCAGAAGUGUUUGAUCCUGAGCGAUUCUCAAAGGACAGGAAACCAAACGAUGAUAUUUAUAUGCCAUUUGGUAUGGGCAACAGGACAUGUAUUGGAAAUAGGUAUGCUAAAUUACAAAUGGCGGCUUGUGUAGUCCAAGUUCUGCGUGCUUUUACUGUUAAAGGUAAACAAUUGAAAGGAAAAGAAAAAUUGACAUUUGAACGACAUGCUUUACUUUGUAGGCCAGAUGAUAUGGAAAUCCAUCUGAUUCCUAGACCUUUAAAAUAAACAAGACUUAAUUUGCUAUUACAUGUUAAAGUAAUUAAAAGAUGAUGUCCUCCAAAAUGUUUACGAUUUCGCUUUGUCUCACUCUCAAUGGUGUUGUUACCUACUGUUAUUUACUUAAUCUUGCUCAAAUAAAUGUUGUGAUGUUUA